AUGCCGCUGCCGGCCGCCCGCGGGGCGGCUGAGGCGGGCGGCGGGGCGGCGGGGCGGGCCGGCGCCGGGGCCGGCGCCGGCGCCGGGGCCGGGGGAGGCGGCGGGCGGCUCUCGGCCAUGUGGCGGCCGGGCGUGUGCGGGCUCCUGGGCCGGGCGUGCCUGCUGCUGCUGCCGCCCUGCGCCCUGGUGCUGGCGGCGGUGCCGGGCUCCGCGUCCCACCCGCAGCCCUGCCAGAUCCUGCGGCGCAUCGGGCACACCGUCCGGGUGGGGGCCACCCACCUGCAGCCCCGCGGCGCCGCGCCCUGGCCCCAGGGCGGCGGGGCGGCGAGCGGGCGCGGCGGGCGGCGGGCGGCGGCGGGCGGGAGCCCCGACGGCGAGGGCGCCGGGCCGCGGGGCCGCCGGGCUGGCAGCGGCAGCGGGGGCGAGCGGCGGCCGCCCCCCGCGCCCCUGCCCGCGCCCUCUCCGCGGGACGCGCUGCUCCUGGCCGUGGCGAACCUCAACGGCGUGGCCGGGCUGCUGCCCUACAACCUGUCCCUGGAGGUGGUCAUGGCCAUCGAGGCCGGGCUGGGGGACCUGCCGCUCUUCCCCUUCUCUUCCCCCAGCGCCGCCUGGAGCAACGACCCCGUCUCCUUCCUGCAGAGCGUCUGCCACACCGUGGUGGUGCAGGGGGUCUCUGCCAUCCUCGCCUUCCCGCAGAGCCGGGGGGAGAUGCUGGAGCUGGACUUCAUCUCCACGGCCCUGCGCAUCCCCGUCGUCAGCAUCGUGCUCAGCGAGUUCCCCAGGAGGAGCCCGAAUCCCCUGCACCUGCAGAUGAGUUUAGAAAACUCACUGAGUUCUGAUGCUGAUGUCACUUUCUCAAUCCUUGCAAUGAACAACUGGUACAAUUUCAGCCUGAUGUUAUGCCAGGAGGAGUGGAACAUCACAGAUUUCCUCUUCCUCACUCAACAGAACUCCAAGUUCCACUUGGGAUCCAUUAUAAAUAUCACAGCAAAUCUCACUUCAACCAGUGACCUUUUGAGCUACUUACAGCUUUAUCUGGAGAGCAUCAAAGACACCACAUCUACCAUUGUUAUGUUUGGAUGUGACAUGGAAAAAACACGGAGGAUUUUUGAAAUAACCACCAAGUUUGGCUUGAUGCCUCCAGAACUUCACUGGAUUCUUGGGGACUCACAGAACGUGGAAGAACUGAGGACAGAAGGUUUGCCACUAGGUCUUAUUGCUCAUGGCAAGACAACAGAGUCAGUUUUUGAGCAUUAUGUGCAGGAUGCAAUGGAGCUAAUAGCAAGAGCUGUAGCAACGGCCACCAUGAUUCAACCAGAACUAGCUCUUAUUCCAAGUACAAUGAAUUGCAUGGACAUAGAUGAAAGGAAUAUCACUUCAGGGCAAUAUUUAUCAAAGUUUUUAGCCAACACAACUUUUGAAGGUCUCAGUGGCCACAUAAAGGUGAAAGGCUCUUCCAUUGUCAGCUCAGAAAACAACUUCUUCAUCUGGAAUCUGCAGCAUGACUCUGUCGGGAACCCAAUGUGGACUCGUCUGGGGAGCUGGCAGGAAGGAAAGAUAAUUAUGGACUAUGGUAUAUGGCCAGAACAGGCCCAGAGACAUAAAAAUCACAUGCAACAUCCUGCCCGGCUGCACCUCAGAGUGGUAACUCUGAUUGAGCAUCCAUUUGUCUUUACAAGAGAUGUAGAUGAUGAAGGUCUUUGCCCAGCAGGACAGCUGUGCCUGGAUCCUAUGACAAAUGAUUCAGCCGUGUUGGACAACCUGUUUGAAACUCUUCAAGGAGGGAAUGACACUGUCCCUGUUGAGCUCAAGAAGUGCUGCUACGGCUACUGCAUUGACCUACUGGAGAAGCUGGCUGAGGAUAUGAACUUUGAUUUUGAUUUGUACAUUGUUGGUGAUGGAAAAUAUGGUGCCUGGAAGAACAGCCACUGGACAGGCCUAGUGGGAGACCUUCUUGCUGGAACAGCUCACAUGGCAGUGACAUCAUUUAGCAUCAAUACUGCCCGCAGCCAAGUGAUUGAUUUCACCAGCCCUUUCUUUUCAACCAGUUUGGGCAUCCUAGUGAGGACCAGAGACACAGCAGCUCCUAUUGGAGCCUUUAUGUGGCCACUUCACUGGACUAUGUGGUUGGGAAUAUUUGUGGCUCUCCACAUUACAGCUAUCUUCCUCACCUUAUAUGAAUGGAAAAGUCCUUUUGGGAUGACACCCAAGGGAAGGAAUAGAAACAAAGUCUUUUCCUUCUCUUCAGCCCUGAAUGUCUGUUAUGCAAUCCUGUUUGGAAGAACAGCUGCCAUCAAACCCCCCAAGUGCUGGACUGGAAGGUUUUUAAUGAAUCUCUGGGCUAUUUUCUGUCUGUUUUGUUUGUCCACAUAUACAGCCAACCUAGCUGCUGUCAUGGUAGGAGAGAAGAUCUAUGAAGAGCUUUCUGGAAUACAUGACCCAAAGCUCCACCACCCAUCCCAAGGCUUUCGCUUCGGAACCGUGCGAGAAAGCAGUGCAGAAGAUUACGUGAGGCAAAGCUUCCCAGAGAUGCACGAGUACAUGAGGCGGUACAAUGUCCCAGCAACCCCGGAUGGUGUAGCAAACCUAAAGAAUGAUCCAGAAAAACUUGAUGCCUUCAUCAUGGAUAAAGCACUCUUAGAUUAUGAAGUAUCAAUAGAUGCUGACUGCAAGCUUCUAACUGUGGGAAAACCCUUUGCCAUUGAAGGAUAUGGCAUUGGCCUUCCCCCCAACUCUCCUCUCACCUCAAACAUCUCAGAACUGAUCAGCCAGUACAAGUCCCACGGUUUCAUGGAUGUUCUGCACGACAAGUGGUACAAGGUCGUUCCAUGUGGGAAAAGAAGUUUUGUUGUCACUGAGACACUGCAAAUGGGCAUUAAGCAUUUUUCUGGGCUCUUUGUGAUGUUGUGCAUUGGAUUUGGUUUAUCCAUUCUCACUACCAUUGGGGAACACGUAGUGUACAGACUGCUCCUACCACGAAUCAAGAAGAAAUCCAAGAUGAAGUACUGGCUCCAUACAAGCCAGAGAUUACAUCGUGCCCUGAAUAGUUCAUUUAUUGAGGACAAACGCCAACCUAAAAAAAAACGAGUAGAAAAAAGGUCCCACAUAGGGAAUAGCCAGCAUGCUGUGUGGAAUAUAGCUGAUCCAGGGAACUGUCAUCGGAAAAAAUAUAUCUGCUCUGAUGAAGGACAAAAUGAAGUGACGAUCCAACAGCACCAAGACAUCCCCCUGCCUCAGGUGAGGGGAGAGACUACAGCUUCAUUAGCAACCAAUGGGAAAGCAGAUUCCCUUAAUAUUGCUAGGACCUCAGUAAUCCAAGAGCUUACAGAACUGGAGAAGCAGAUCCAAAUCAUCAAGCAGGAGCUGCAACUUGCCAUAGACAGGAAAACAGAGCUGGAAGAGUAUCAGAGGACAAACAGGACUGCAGAGCCCUAGGCCAGCAUACUUCAGCCCUUUCCCCUUUUCUUCCUUUCUCCUCCUCCUCUGUAAAAUUUGUAACACAAUUUUGUAAUGCCAGAAAGAGGCAUGAAAAUAAAG